AUGGCGACCAUGGAAAGGAUCUUCGGAAACUACGAGUCGCGCAAGGCUGUCCUAGAAAAGAGCAGCCACCGCUUCUCUCAGGGCCUCGCAUGGGUGGCGGGAGAGAUGGUGCCUUUCAACGAUGCCCGAAUCCCUCUCAAGGAUCAGGGCUUCCUACACAGCGACCUCACUUACGACGUGCCAGCGAUAUGGGAUGGGCGUUUCUUCCGUCUCGAUGAUCACCUGGACCGACUUGAGGCGAGCUGCAAGAAGCUCCGCUUACGCCUGCCCAGGCCGAAGGACGAGAUCAAGCACAUACUCCUCGAUAUGGCGGCGCAAUCCGGCAUUCGCGACGCUUUCGUAGAGCUGAUUGUUACGCGAGGCCUCCAGGGUGUUCGUGACGCCAAGGCGGAGGAUCUCGUCAAUAACCUGUACCUGUUCAUUAUCCCCUACAUCUGGGUGAUGGCACCCCAGAUACAGCGCAGCGGUGGCGACGCAAUCGUUGCCCGAACCGUCCGGCGAGUUCCUCCGGGAGCCAUGGAUCCCACAGUCAAGAAUCUGCAAUGGGGUGACCUGACGCGGGCAAUGUACGAGGCGCGGGACCGCGGCGCCCAGUAUCCCUUCCUGACCGAUGGCGACGGCAACCUCACCGAAGGUUCGGGCUUCAACAUCGUCUUGAUCAAAGACGCCGUCUUGUAUACGCCUGACCGAGGAGUCCUAGAGGGCGUGACCCGCAAAAGCGUCUUUGAUGUUGCGCGAGCGAACGGCAUUGAGGUACGAUGCGAGGUCGUCCCAGUCGAGCUCGCGUAUGAAAGCGACGAGAUCUUCAUGUGCACUACAGCUGGGGGUAUCAUGCCCAUCACGAGCCUCGACGGUAAAAACGUGGGAGAUGGAAGAGUUGGACCGAUUACUAAGCGAAUAUGGGAUGACUACUGGUCGAUGCACUGGGACUCAAAGUACACCAUCAAGGUCGAGUAUGCAGAUAGGGCUAGCAAGCUUUGA